ACAUCGACUCGCGGUCUGUUCUUCCCCCUCCAACAUGGAGGCCUUAGGGGGCUACCCCACCAAGACCUCCGGCCCCAGAGCCAGGCUGCUGCCGGUGCUCUUGAGCAUGACGGUGGGGGUGGGCUGCUUGUUCCUCCUGCAGACGCAGCUGCUGAAGCCGAGGAAACCCAGAGACUUCUACUCCUUCGAGGUGAAGGACGCGAGGGGGAGGUCUGUCUCUCUGGAGAAGUACCGAGGCAAAGCGUCUCUGGUUGUAAACGUGGCGAGUCUCAGCGAGCAGACGGAGAUGAACUACUUGUCUCUGCAGGAGCUGCACCGGGAGCUGGGCACCUCGCACUUCAACGUGCUGGCGUUUCCCUGCGGACAGUUCGGGGACACGGAGCCCGGGAGCAGCCGGGACGUGGAGGCCUUCGCCAAGUCCACGCACGGAGUCUCCUUCCCCUUCUUCAGCAAGAUCAAAAUAAUGGGCUCAGAGGCGGACCCUGCUUUCAGGUUCCUCACAGAUUCUGUGCAGAAAAUUCCAAAGUGGAACUUCUGGAAGUUCCUGGUGAAUCCCGAGGGGAAAGUCGUCCGCUUCUGGCGAACAGACGAGCCCAUGGAGAGCGUCCGGGCGGAGGUCACGGCGCUGGUGCGGGAAAUCAUCAUAAAGAAACGCGUGGAGCUAUGAUGGAGCUUAUUGCCACACGGCUGUUUUCAUGUCAGCGUUUCCUGUGCUGGAUUAACAAGCAGUGGACUGGGAGCUGCUCCAGUGAGUUUGGUUUGGGCGACGUCUCCAGACACUAAGAGACCAAAUUAUCCACUAGCUUCAGACACAAAUACCAUCAGUGUCAAAGCAAAGCACGUCAGGAUAUGUGUGUGUAUUUGUGCGUAAUGGGGACCAUCCUGCUAAUGACAAUGAUGAUGAUAAACUCUCCAUUUGAUGACCACUGCUGCGGCUGAAGAAUUUUUAAGUGUUGGAUUUUUACACGUUUACUUGGUUUAGUCUUGUCUCUACUUCCCUAAUGUUUACAUUCAAAUCUAUUUGUUAAGGUGAAGCGUUCCAAUUUGGCAAUUCUGACUGAUUUGAGCCCAGCAAAUUGUGAAACAUCCAUCCAGCAAUAAAACGAUUUCUGCAUUAUCUGAUUUAGCCGAUGAGCCUGGAAUCUUUUAUGUUUCUGCAAAUUACCUAAUUUGCAAAUGUAAAUUUAGGCCUGGAAUGUUUAUGCCAUACCAAAUAUUGACUGUAUAUAAAGAUUGAUGAUG